GGGCUCCUCUUAGAAAAUUAUAAGGUCAUUUGAAUUACGCCUGCUUGUGAACUCACCGGUUACAAUGACUCGAAGGAUAAUAUAAAUUAUUGUGAUCCUGAUGAUGAUCGCGGGGUCAAAGUCGACGCGCAUCGCUCGGGCAUUUUCUGAACAGCAGCAGCGGGAGGUCGUUGCGGGGUUGACCACAGGAGGAGAGCCCAGUGCGAGCGUCUGGCUGGGUGCGUUUCUCUGAAUCUCUAUCUAGCCGGAGGGAGCGACCAGGCUGGCCUGUAAGCCGAUCAAGGUGGAAUCUCCCACAACGAGUUUCACAUUCGGAUUGCUGAGCACCUACAUGCUGUAGCAGUGAGAGGAAGGGGGCAAGGAUGAUGCGUCUGGCAUGUUGCACAGUCCUGCUGUUUGUGUUGAGGCUGCUGGUGGGCCUGCCUUGGUACCAGGUUCUUCCAGCCGUCCUGAUCUUCUACCUUGGAAGUGGAGGAUGGAGCUUUCUGGAUAUUGUUGUCAAAACAAUUGGCAGAGAUCUACAUGCGGCCUACGUGCUACUGCGCGUGAAGCUGAACGUCAAGCGACAUCUCAGAGAGAAGAACACUCUUCCUAAGAUCUUUGCGGAAACUGUGCAGCGCUAUGGCGACAAAACUGCUCUCAUCUUUGAGGGGACCGGAGAGCGGUGGACUUUCCGACAGUUGGAUGAAUAUUCCAACCGCGUGGCCAACCUGCUGCUGGAUCGUGGCUUUAAGGAAGGCGAUGUGGUGGCCCUGUUCAUGGAGAACAGAUCCCAGUAUGUGGGCCUCUGGCUGGGAAUGGCUAAAAUCGGAGUUGAAGCUGCUCUCAUCAACUUCAACUUGAGACUAGAUGCUCUAGUCCACUGUGUUACCAUCUCCAAUGCCAAGGCUGUGGUGUUUGGUUCAGAGCUUUCUGAUGCGGUGUCAGAGGUCCACAGUAUGAUGAGGAAGGCGGUUCUGAUGUUUUGCUCUGGAGACUGGGACCCCAAACGAGUACCGCAGGGAACAGAGUGCCUGGAGCCCCUGCUGGCUGGCGCCUCGUCUCGCCUGCCUCAACGGCCAGAUCGCUGCUUCACAGAUCGGCUGUUUUACAUCUACACAUCAGGAACCACAGGAAUGCCUAAAGCUGCCAUUGUUGUGCACAGCAGGUACUACCGCAUGGCUGCUUUGGUAUAUUACGGCUUUAGGAUGACACCAGACGAUGUCCUCUAUGACUGUCUCCCGCUCUAUCACUCUGCAGGGAACAUUGUGGGAGUGGGACAGUGCCUAAUACAUGGAAUGACUGUGGUCAUCAGAAAGAAGUUCUCUGCAUCCCGUUUCUGGGAUGACUGUGCCAAAUAUAACUGCACUAUUGUGCAGUACAUCGGAGAGAUUUGUCGAUAUCUACUGAACCAGCCAGUUCGAGACUCUGAACGUCAGCAUCGGGUGAGGAUGGCGCUGGGGAACGGCCUGCGCCAGUCCAUAUGGGAGGAAUUCAUGAAGCGCUACAAUAUCCCACAGAUUGCAGAGUUUUACGGAGCCACAGAGUGCAACUGCAGCUUGGGCAACUUUGGAAACAAGGUUGGCGCAUGUGGCUUUAACAGCCAGAUUCUGCCCUUCAUCUAUCCCAUCAGGCUGGUGAGGGUUGAUGAGGAGACUAUGGAGCUCAUACGAGGACCUGAUGGUGUCUGCAUUCCUUGUAAACCUGGCGAGCCUGGCCAGCUAGUUGGGAAGAUCAUUCAGAACGAUCCCCUUCGAAGGUUUGAUGGCUACGUUAACGAAACGGCAACGAACAAGAAGAUUGCUAAUAGUGUCUUCAAGAAGGGCGAUAGCGCCUAUCUUUCUGGUGAUGUUCUGAUCAUGGAUAAGUACGGCCAUAUGUACUUCAAGGACCGAACAGGAGACACUUUCCGGUGGAAAGGAGAGAACGUCUCAACGACCGAGGUGGAAGGAACCUUAAGCAGGCUGCUUGAGAUGAAAGAUGUGGUUGUUUAUGGAGUAGAAAUCCCAGGAGCAGAAGGAAAGGCUGGAAUGGCAGCCAUCGCUGAUCCGUCCCAAUCCACAGACCUGGAGAUGUUGUGUAAGGACAUGGAGAAAGUUCUCCCUCCUUAUGCCAGACCUGUGUUUCUUCGCUUUCUUCCAGAAGUUAACAAGACAGGAACGUUUAAAUUCCAGAAGACAGAGUUGCGUCAUGAUGGUUUUAAUCCCACUGUUGUGUCAGAUAAACUGUUCUUCCUGGAUUCCAGCGGAGGGCGCUAUGUGCAUCUGGACGAAGAGCUUUACCGAUCCAUAGUGUCGGGGAAGCACAAAUUGUGACGGCCUGACAGACCACUACAUCAACUUGUGCACACACUGACAUGCAGACAUAUUUCAAUAAAGAAAAGAGGACAACAUUGCCUGACCAGGUUAGCAGAACAUGUACAUGGAUGCUAAUGUAAGAGCCAUAUGCUUCCAAAGGCCAAUGCACACACACAUACGCUCAAAGCUACUUUGCUCAUUAAAGUUCUAAAAAAACAAACAAAAAAAAGAAAAAAAAAACAGAGAUGUAUGGACAGCACGCUCAAAAGGAUAUGCUCUGCUCCAUCCAUCCCGGCUGAAAUCUCCCCUGCAACCUCUCUCGCUACCUCAGCAGACAAAAAGAGAGGCACCAACCACAGAAACCAGGUUCUUUCUGGAACUUCAAACAUCCUUUCACUGUAACACCGAUCUUGGAGACCCCUUACCAACAUGCUUUCCCAGCAAGAAAUAAGGCACACAGGCUGCCUGGAAUCCAGAAGGCAACAACUUGCAAAUACAGAUUUAAUACAAACUUAAAAGGACACUGAAGAGAACUGUGAAACCAGUCCUGCAUAAGAAGUGUGCAGAACAUCGAAGGGACCUUUGUGCACCUAAGUUAUCGCUGUUCAUGUUAUCAUGUUAUGUUAUAGUGAGAUUAUCUUGUGAAAGAUGGCACUUCUGCUUUUGACUUAACCUGCACAACUAGCCAGAAAGUGACGAACCAUAAUCUCCCACACCAUCUGAAGUUCAAAUUACCUAAAACAUUAGUCAUUUCGACCUUGUUGCUCUCCAAAGCAUCCGUGUAUUUCUACUAAAAGGGAACCAUUUAAGAGCAGCUGGAAAGGACACACAUGUUAAACAAGACCAGUGGUUGCAGCUUUAAUGUGCAAUAACUCUCCAGCAUCUGCAGUGCAAUAAUCAGCUGCAAGCCAUCAGAGCUUUGUUUUUAUUUAUUUAUUAAAAUAUGUCAGCAACAUACCAAAUAUUUUAAGUUGAUGUUUACAUAUUUUAGAUUAUAGAACUUGUAUUUUAUGCUGCGUGUCCAUCCAAAUCCAUCCUACAUUGGCAUAAGGAGUCCAUCAAAGCAAAGUUGUGGAACCCAUUUUAUAUUGGCUGCUGGAACACAAAUUAAAGCAACAGCAUAAAGUCAACCCUGGGCUAAAUAACGCAUUUUUUUUUUUUCUGGUUUGCAUGUUGAACUCAUGGUUAUGUGGCCAAAUUGUGCAGGUUUUGUCUGAAUAGGUAGAUUUUGCUCAUCUUGGGAUGGGUCUGUGUGUGUGUGUGUAUGUUGGUUUGUUUUGUUUGUGUUCACCUAAAGCAUAUGAAAAAGGACUUGACAGAAGGAUGUCCUGAUGAGUGCUUAAGAGGCAGAUUCUGCAAUGUCCAGGAGAGCUGAUUGACCCAAAAAAAAAAUAAAUUGAAACCGAACAGAGAAGAAUUGAACAGGAGCUGAAACGUCAGAUUAAGAUGAGGGAUAAAUUAAGAUAAGUAAACUUGUAAGAGAAGUUAGAAGUUUACUUAUCUUCACUAUGUUUAAUUUGGGACUUUUUAUUAUUUAUUUAAGCUCCUAAUUUUCCAGUUUAGAAAGGUUAUGCAACAUAUAACUCGAAUGAAUAAGCAUUGGGUGUGCAAAUUGUUGACUUUAUGGCGGAUUGUCUAAUCAGCAAAGAGUCAAAGAUCUAGCUAUACAUACUCAUGUAACCCCAUUAAUAUUUGGUUACAUAUCCCUUUGCGAUUUUCAGCUUAAUCACACUUUCUGUAACCAUCAACAAGAUUCUGGUAUCAUUCAGACUGAGUAUUUGACCACAUUUCGUUUAAAUUGUUAAUAAGCAUAUAUUUGAAUCUGUGAAAUUUUGAACUGGUGACAUUUGAAUUUAAUUCCUAAUUUCUAAAAAUUAUUAAACAACAGAAUAGUUCAAAUAAAAAUGCAUUAAAAAAUGUAAUUUGAUCCCAUGAUGAUUGUAUGUAAACUUCUGACCAGAACUGUUCUUUCUAGUUAAUAUUGAUAUCCAUCGCUUUCAUGAAUGAAUGAGCAUCAUGGACCAUGCGCAGAGCACUGUGCCUUACUGCGAGUUCACCUCCCAGACACACAGGCCCUGGCCCUCAUCUUAAUCUGACGUUUCAGCAUUUCUUUCUUAUUUCAGCUUCAGUCUGUUCCCCAUCAUAGCAACAUGACUACAUAGGAUCAUGAGAUUUCCUUAGGAUCUGCAAAAACCAAGUGGGUAGGAGCAGGAAGAGUUUAUCUCCUAAUGCACUCCUUUAAGAUUUUAUUUGUGUUUGCCGUGUCCGUUUACCAUCCAACCUUCUAAUAGCCAUGCCUUGUUUUCUGUUUUCUGUCUUCUGUCUACUCUGUCCCAGUUGAACUCGUGUUGUUUCAGACGUUGAUUAAAAAUCGUCUCGGAUAUGAUUGGCUUGUUCAUGAAUUCUGACGACAUUCAGCUUCAACUAAAAUUGAUUUUCAAGAAACUUUCUUUUGCUCAUUUGAGUUCUCUGCUGUUGCUCUGUAACCCUUGACCUUACAUUGCGUCCUGCAGUCACCUGCAGUACACCAAAGCAGGAUAUUGUUAUUGUUUUCAGGAUGCUGAUGUUGCAUGCAUUGAAGCAUUUUUUUCUUGGUUCAUACAUUGCAUUUACUGACAUAGGAAAUCUUCAGUCAUUUUUUUCACCCGUUGUUUCCUCAUCAUUUGAGGGGGAAAAGUCCAACAGAGGCAUUCACGAGGUCCAGCUUCGUUCCAGCUUUGUUCCAGCCUCCUUUGUCUCUUUCGCUACUGAACUUAUUCUUUAAUGAUGAGUGUAAAAUGUUCACAUGAAGGGAUUUGGUGGGAAAAAAUGAACAAAUCACUGAUUUGUUGUGAGGUGAAGUGUAAUUUGUAUGUCUACGGUUUGGCUGUUAUGAUGCUUCUGAUUGGUGGCGGUUGCAUUUGUCAAUUCAUACCACCAGGGGGCGAGUGAUUAAACAGUCCCAGAGCACUGCACUCUGAAGAAGAUGUUGUCAUUUUUUUAUAUAUAUAUAUUUUAAAAUUUGCUUAAAUUAUUUUAUUUUUGGAAGCCUAUUAAUUAUUCUUUGAUCCACUGCUUUUCGUGUGAAAUUAUGACUGUGAUUGUGGUCUAUAACGGGAUUUAUGCUUGGAUGACAAUCGAGAGAGCGGUUUUAAUUUUAUCCCACCUCUGAGAUGCACAAGGAAGGAUAAGAAAAUAAUUACUUGCAGUCUGUUUGAUUUGCCGUCUCCAUGUUGAAAAAAUACUGAUGGAAAUUAGAGAUGUGGCAUUUCACUACAAUUAAUAUAAAUUUAAUUGGUAAAAAUGAAUUUUACAAAAUAAACUUUAUUAUACAAAUUUUCCUAAGAGAGUUUUGGGUUUUACAACUACAUCCAAAUUUUUAAGAUUACAUUUUAUUUUCCUAACAGUUUCAUAUUUUAUACAACACAGCAAAAAGACUUAACUCUAAGCUUUCAGCCCUACAUACGAACUUCAGCCAAUUACACCCCAACUUUGUAAGUCAUAAAAUGUUAGAAACCCUCAAAAGAAGUAAUUUCCAAUAAAAACUAAUUGAUCAAGAUUACUAGAGUCUCUGUGGAUUCACUAUUAAGUUGGAUGCAAUAAAGUUGAAUUAAACUUUGCUGAUGGAACAUGUUUUUAUGAUGCAUUUGUGUCCUCUAUCUCUCAUCCUGCUUUUUGCACAUUUUUUUCCCCCGUUCAUUAUGGUGUGACUAAAUCUGCCUCUGUUUCUGUUGCUUUUAUUAUACUGUGUUGUUGCACUGCAGCAGUUCUCAACCUGUGCAGAGUGUGUAGACGAGGUCUGAGAGGUGUGACACGCACACACACAGAGUUUCCCUCCUACACACACAAGGCUAGCUGUCCACAUACUGUAUUAAAGGAAAGGGAUAUAGAUACAGUGCUGCAAAUGGAAAAAUAAUUAUUAAUAAAACUAUUUACAUUGUU